GAAAGGAAAUUUUUCUGACAGAAGAUCACGCACACACAUGGAGCUGAGGGGGUGCUUUGCUUUCCCAUGGAGUCAUCCACCAGUCAGGUGUAUUUGACCUCCCAGAUUCCCAUAAAGCACAUGAUCCAACUUAACUGUUACCUAACAAGGCCAGGGUCACUUAUCCGUUCUCGCCAUCUAAAGAGAACACUGGCCUGGGAUUAAAGCACAGACCUUCUAACUGGGAACCUUCCACACAGUCUUCAAGUGACCUACCACAGCACCAGCAGUUGAAAUGAAAGUUCUAAUCUCUUCCCUCCUUCUGCUGCUGCUACUAAUGCUGAUGUCCAUGGUCUCCAGCAGCCCAAAUCCAGGGGUCGCCAGAGGCCAUAGGGACCAACGCCAAGCUUCUGGGAGGAGGCUCCAAGAAGGCGCCCAAGAAUGUGACUGCAAAGAUUGGUUCCUGAGAGCCUCUGAAAGAAAACUCAUGACAGUGCCCCGGCUGCCAAAGAAGCCAUGUCCCUGUGAUCGUUUCAAGGGCAGGGUGAAGAAAACCAGACACCAAAGACACCACAGGAGUCCAAACAAGCACUCCAGAGCCUGCCAGCAAUUUCUCAGACGAUGUCAGCUGGCAAGCUUUGCUCUGCCUUUAUAGGAGCUCUGACAGCCCACCCUUUUGAUGAAACAUUCUCAGUCAACAAGACAGUGAGCACACCUAGAAGAUGCUUUUCUCCCACACCAAACUCCCCAUCCCUGUCCCCACUCCCUAUCAUUCCAGUAUUCUCAAAAAACAAAACAAAACAAAACAUUUUCCCCAAGAUUAUUCAUUCCUCUAGUGCUUUCUUCCCUUGACAAUAUUUUCCUGUGGCCUCUCCUUACCCAGGCUGAUGCUUAAUUACCUGAAAGAAGCCAGGAAUCUCAGGGUUCUCAGCUGGACCCACCUGACCUUAAAUACAACCAGGCAAAUAGCAGACAGAAGUCAAUAAAUAAUUUAAAUGUAAUAGGUCAAAAUCAUUUCUUUCAGUGGGGUCUGGAAACUUAUAUUUAAUCCAGACGACUCACUUUAACCUGUUCAUUCCAAACUUAACCUGAUCCUACACACACCUCUCCCCAACAUCAUCCUCCCUCUCUUUCUACUGCCCAAUGUGUUAAUUCUCUUACUCAACAAACCUUUCUGAGGGAAGAGUUAGGUGGGGCAAAGAAGUUAAAGCAAUGAGUCAGACAGUGUAUUACUAAAGAUAAUAUAGGUUUAAAAAAAAACUAGUAGAGUUUUCUAGCCUGUAAAAUGCCUCCAGUAUUCAUCAUCAUCAUCAUCAUCAUGAUCGUCAUCGUCAUCAUUAAUAGUCAUUGGACUCCAUGAGUUUCCAGUCUCCUACAGAAGACAUAUAUGCAGAGGCAUAGUUCAAGGCUAGAAAGAUGGUGUGGAAGAUCUCAGAUGCAACUGAAAAGGGCUUCAAGCUAUAAAAAUAGGAGGAUGUCUUUUUCUUUAACAUGAAAGUAAAAUAAACAGAAGGAUAUAUAAAGAAAUUAAAGUGGUAACCAUUUGAAAGAAUGAAUAAA